GCAAGUCCUGGAUUCUGAUUACCGCCGGAAGAAGAGAAUGUCGGGUCGACACAUUCCUAUAGGGACCUGGCUGGAUGCCUUACAUCUAACAGAGUACACCCAUCUUUUCCAUCAAUACGGCGGAGUUGAGGACCUGCUUUAUACAACUGAAUCAGAGAUAAAAGAACUUGGGAUCAGAAAUGGAGGACACCGUGCUAAAAUUAUCUCCAGUCUGAGAAUACUCAAAGACAAAUAUGAGAAAGGUCGAGUAAGCGGAAGUGGCGACGUGAGCACACAGCGUACUCCAACACCAAGCUCCCCAACGACUCCAGUCCCAGACUUCGUUCCUCCUGCUGUCUCCCCUGGGCAACUUCAGGCUGAUUUACAAAACGAACUUGCAGGUGACCCAUCCGAGCUUCGCAGCUGUCCUUGGUACCAUGGCAACAUAUCCCGCCAAAGAGCUGAGGCUAUAAUUGUCAACAACGGUGACUUUCUUGUCCGGGACUGCAUAUCAAAGCCAGGAGAUUUUGUUCUGACUUGCCGAUGGAAAGGCGUCCCUCUAAAUUUCAUGAUAAAUUCUAUAGUUGGAGACUGUAAAUCAGGAAACGUGCCCACAGUAUCCUACCAGUUUGAGGAUGAUAGCUUUCCUACAAUCCAACAACUGAUAAACUACUAUCGGCACUUCAGCAAGCAGGUCACAGUCUUGUCUGGCGCCAUCAUUAACAACCCAGUAUCUCGGUCUAUGCCGUUGAGUUAUUAUGACACAAAAUACGGUGCUUUGAUCAAUUUUGCAGCUGGCACUUACGCUACACCAAAUCAAAUUCCCAAACCCAGUCCACAUAUCACAUCAACAGAGAGUCCCAGUUCAAGCCCACAAAUGAACAGGCACAAAAAUAGAUGGGCUGGAAGCCAACCAGUCCUGAACAUUGCAGGAGCUUCUGAACACACAAAUAGUGCCAGAAAAAGGGAGAGCCGGUCGUCAUCUUUAGAAAGAUGUGACAGUUUGCCCAUGAUAAAUGUGACGCCACCUGUAGGUCACCCUGCAGCUGAAUCACCCCACUACACAGAUGAAAACAAACUGCCCAAACCCUCAAUAGCCCAUAUGAGAGCAGGCAGUGUACCCACUCUCGUGCCAGAUAAUUUAUCAAAUGGACGUGAAGCUCCUAAAUACUUAACAUUAGGCAGGCGAAAACUUGUAACUGCUGGUUCAGAAAGUGAGCUUUCUAAUCGCCCACCACCGAAGCCCAGCAGGAUUCCUUCCAUAAAGUACAAGGAGAAGCCGACAGUGGUUGUUCGAAAGUUUCUUUAUGAUGAUGACAGAGACUACUCCGACUACACGCAGGUGAAGGAAGAGCCAAGCUGGCUGCAUGGCAGUGUAGAAUCGAUCCCUGCAUUUCAAGAAGUAACUUUAAGAAGAUCAACUCCUUCACCACCUACAAACCAUCAUCAGAAAGGAAGACGAGCAAAUCUUGUUCACAGGGAGAGAAUUUUUAUCCCGUCUCAAAGCAGUGAACAGAAAACUCCAAACCUAAACACACAAGUAUCAUCCGGUUCCACUCCGAACCUGAACACCCAGGUGUCAUCCAGUUCCACUGCGAACCUGAACACUCAGGUGUCAUCCGGUCCUGAGGAUUUCAUUAAAGACAUUGAAAACUCGAGAGUUCCACCUGUACAUCCGGUUUAUGCUGAUGAUGUUGCGUCUCCUCCUUCAAACACUUACCAAAUUGUGGCUCGAAGCAGAUCUUUCCGCUCGCCAGGACAGCAGGGUAAUCAAGACAAUGAAAAUGUUACAAAUAAAGCUUAUAAAACACUUCCAAACAGAUCUUCACAAGUUAAAUCACGUGACAGAAUAAUACACAAUGCCCAGUUAACUCCAACUCAAAGGAAUGCUGAUUAUGAUUAUCCAAAAGCGCAUGUUACUGAUGAUUCAGACAUUCUGGGGUUUCAUGACAUGGAAUAUAUGACAACAAGGACAAUUACCAAACCACCAAAAAUUAAUCAGAGCAUCAUCGCUCCAGCCACUUUCAGAAGCAGUUUUUUACCAAAAGGACAUAAAGUGUUGGAUCAAACAGUCCUGCUCAAUGUGAAGGCACUUAUUCUGAAUAAGACUCCUAGAUCUAUAGCUCUUCAUUUGACAAAGUACGAUUUAUUUUUAAUGAAUGUCACGGAAGAGAGAGACUUAGGCCUGGGGGUUUUGUCUGGGUUGGAGCUGUUUACUCUACCUCAAGGUAAACAGAUGCGGCAAGAUGCCAUUGAGAGAUGGGACAGCCUUCGCAUGUUCACCAUAGUAACACUACUGACCUCACCAACUGUCAAUGAGAGGGCCAGAAUCUUGAACUUGUGGAUACAAACCUGUCUAGAACUCAGGACAACAGCCGGUAAUCUGUACAGCUUUGCUGCAGUCAUGUCGGCCCUGACCAGCCCACAGAUCAUACGACUGACCGACACUUGGUUAAUUCUCAGGCAGAACUACACGUCCAGUGCCUACGUCUUUGAUACAAAGCUGCGCCCUGGAUAUGUCUCCCUAAAUGAUGCCACUAGCCAUCUACCAUUAAACAACAUUAGUGUUCCGUAUGUGACUCCAGUUUGCCAGCUUCUAGAACGUGACGUAGAAUCCAUUUUUCAGGAGUAUUACUGGGAAAAAGGGCUAGAUGCAAUUGGUAGCAGCAUAGAUGUUCUACUGACUCACUUAGAUACAGCUAGAAUCAUUGCAUCGCAGGGUAACCUCUAUCAAGUCACUGGCAGGGCUAUUAUGACCACUUUAACCCAUGACCCGGAACUGUAUCAAGUUCUUUGCCCAGAGUUCCACUUGCUGGUUCUCUGGGGGGAGAAGGGGUGGAUGGCCAACAGAAGGGAAAGGCUGGACAAGAUGGAGCAGAUAUUGUCUCUUCUGUCUCAGAAGUAUCAGCCACCUGAUGAUGAUGGCACUGCAGUCUAG